UACAGAGUGGAGGUUACCACAGGACACUGCUGCCUGCUUGUACCGCCGCUGCUGGACCUUCAACAAGCAGCAACAAGAGGCGCACUAAGCCCCUACUGUCUCGGCUUCUCCUCGACGUACCUCACCGCCGGCAAUUCAACCACAUUAUUUCCUCUAUAUUAUUCUCAUAUCCCGCUACUUGGACCGACAGCGGUAACUUCAGAGUCAUAUGACAGCGUGUAUUCAGCGUGAGUGUGUCGGAGCUGUGUGUGUUUUGGACUCUGUGAACCGAAGCGACCGGAGCAGCGUGUUUUCACCGACCGACUGGACCUCUUUACUUCUCGGCGUGAGUCGUUUACAACAAGCGUGGCUUUAACGACAAACACUGGCUGGUUGUUGUCACAUUAAGGAGCAGACCGUCUAUGAGAUGUACUCUUCACCUGGUUGGCUAAAAGGAAGAGCUAGCAAUAGAAGCGUUGUAGCUACUGUAUAAAUGCCGAGAAAAGGCUGCUGAGGAGACCGACGUACAAGCUGUGUGGAGCGGGGGGGAGACACGCCGCAUGUGUCGGUGUACUAUUGUGAAGCUAGGCUGGUUCUUUUCCGUGCUAGCUUUUCUUUUUAGUGUUUCGUGCUAUAGAGUAACGAGGGUUCGAAGUCCUCCAGCUCGACAGUUAAGUUUAUUACACUUGUGACUGUGAGAGAAAAAAAAGAGACGACACAUAAGAAGAAAACGGCGUUUAUUUUGUCGUUUAAACUAGGUCCGUUAGUGCUUAAACGACGUAACGGAAGGCAAAGUUUGACAGCAAACUGUGCUGAGCAGAGGGCUGAAAGGUCACAGAGACCCGGUCAUCUCUCUUCUCCUCCCUCUCCUCUUCCUCCUCCUCCCUUCUCUUCCCAUCAGUCUGUUAUGAAGAUGUGAACUCUUUCCUCCCUCCCCUCCUCUCUCUCUCUCUCUCUCUCUCUCUCUCUCUCUCUCUCUCUCUCUCUCUCUCUCUCUCUCUCUCUCUCUCUCUCUCCCGUCGCUUUGAUCCCCCCCCCCCUCCUCUCCCUCUCUCUAUUUGGUACAAAGAGAUCAAACGCGCCUCCCGGGGAUGUACGAAAGCGUGGAUGUUGUGGGUUUGAGCCCCAGCCCCAGCAGCCCAAGUCCGGGCUCUUUUCUUAGCAUGGACUACUACCACAGACCCCCGGGGCUUGGGCAGGAGAAGGGACUCCUGUCCGGUGUAGUAGGACUCCAGCGGCCGUUCGGAGGGUCCUUGGUGAGCAGCAGACACUGGAGCGGAUCCAGCCACUCUAUAGAGACCGAGAGCACGAGUUCUGGGGAGGACCUGCUGGUGCCGAGCCCCGCCUCACCUCCACCUCCGCCCCGCAUCUACAAGCCCUGCUUUGUGUGUCAGGACAAAUCUUCAGGAUACCACUACGGAGUCAGCGCCUGCGAGGGCUGCAAGGGUUUCUUUCGGAGGAGCAUCCAGAAAAACAUGGUGUACACGUGUCACCGAGACAAAGUGUGCGUCAUAAACAAAGUGACAAGGAACCGCUGUCAGUCCUGUCGACUGCAGAAAUGCCUCGACGUCGGCAUGUCCAAGGAGUUGGUCCGAAAUGACAGGACGAAGAAGAAGAAGGAGGAGAAGAGGCCGGUGGAAGUGGAGGUGUACGUCCUGUCAGCAGACACGGAGCAGAUGAUCGAGGGCGUUCGCCGGGCGCACCAGGACACCUUUCCCUCCCUCUGCCAGCUGGGGAAAUACACCACGAACAACAGCGCAGAGCAUCGUGUUCCUCUGGAUGUCAAUCUUUGGGACAAGUUCAGUGAACUCUCCACCAAAUGCAUCAUUAAGACGGUGGAGUUUGCCAAACAGCUGCCGGGCUUCACCACAUUAACCAUCGCUGAUCAGAUCACCCUGCUCAAAUCAGCCUGCCUCGACAUACUGAUUCUGAGGAUCUGCACUCGCUACACCCCAGACCAGGACACCAUGACCUUCUCAGACGGUUUGACUCUGAACCGCACCCAGAUGCACAAUGCCGGGUUCGGGCCGCUCACCGAUCUAGUGUUCUCCUUCGCCAACCAGCUCCUCCCGCUGGAGAUGGAUGACGCAGAGACGGGAUUACUGAGCGCCAUCUGCCUGCUCUGUGGAGACCGUCAGGAUCUGGAGGAGUCAGACAAAGUGGAUAUUCUUCAAGAACCAAUGCUCGAAGCUUUGAAGAUCUAUGUGAGGAGGAGGAGACCUGAGAAACCCUGCAUGUUCCCCAAAAUACUGAUGAAGAUUACUGACCUCAGGAGCAUCAGUGUGAAGGGAGCGGAGCGAGUGAUCACACUGAAAAUGGAGAUUCCCGGCUCCAUGCCCCCUCUCAUCCAGGAGAUGCUGGAGAACUCUGAGGGACUGGAGGGGCACGGUGCUGGGGGAGCCAAAGGAGGAGGAAAAGGAAGAGGAGCAGGAGGAGGAGGAGGAGGAGGAGGGGGGAGCAGAAUAGAGGAUGAAACAGAGCCCGGAAACCGCCACACAAGUCCGUCCCCAAAAUCUGUCCCCUCUCCCAGCUCGAGCCCCGUUCCCUGCGCUCCCUCUCCUUCCUCCCCUUCCACCUGAAGCUCCCUCUGUCACGCUGCAGUUCUGCACAUCACCACCACCAAGUGGUAACAGUGUGGUACUGCAAGAAAACAAUCCACACAGCAGACUGGCAGAGAAUGAAAAACAAAACAAAACUGCACCUAACAACAGACAAUCCAGGAGACAAACAGAACAGUAGUGUUACUCACCUAGAGUCUGAAUGUUUGAAUCCAUAAACUCUCUGAGUUGAUUUGACUGGUGACACACAGACCUCCACAACAUCAAUCAAACCGUAUACAUGCCAGGAGGAAGGCUAAAUAUCUUCAUACAGGAUGUGACACUGAAUGAAAGCAGGUGGUUUAAAAAAAGAUGCUUUUUUACACUCAAUACAAAAAAGUAUUUUUUAUAAUGUCUAAAAGUUGAAUUAUAUGCAGCAUUUGGCUUUGUUUUUAUCCAGUCAAACACAAAGUCAUCAAUGACAUUAUUCCACUUUUUUUGUUAUUUUAGACAAAAAAAAUUAAAAGUUUAUGGCAAAAACCUGCAGAAGAGUCCAGUGAUAUUUAGCUGUACCUGCCUGUGUCUUACUGGUCAGAAUCCAAUUGAUCUUACAAUAUCAAGUCUGUGUGAAGCUACAUGAAGGAUUAUAGACUGAAAGUGAUGGUUCCUCUUGUACAUUUCUUCCAUUUAAGAAAAGUCAUGUAUAGUAUGCUAAAUCAUUAUGUGUAAUAUAUUGUAUAUAAAAAAGGCUGUGAAAUAAGUUGUUGGACUGAUUGACGGGCUGAUAGAAGAAGUUAUUUUCCUAAAUGUACAUGUGUAUAUACUGUAUUUCCCUUUUGCAGCUGACCCUGUUCCUCUUUGUUUCUCCUCCUCACAGACACAUCAGGGAAAAAUAAUCCUUCACUCCGUUUUUUUUCCUUUACUAGAAUUAGUCACAGAAAUGUAAACAUAAAUUGGAGACUUUUUUAUAGCUUAAAGUAAAUGUAAUUGUCUCUGUGUCACUUUUAGUAAAGAUGUAGUUGAGUUGUUUUUCAGAUGCAGCUCCGGCAACUCGAACAACCUCAACGAACUGUGAAACAUAGCAAAUGAUUCAUUUUUAAACCAAAGCAAACUGUGACACCAGGAGUGCAAACAUCCUUCACUAGGGUCUUUUUGUCUGGUAACAACCUCCCCCACACACACUUCCUGUAGCGCUAGAGCCUGCAGAUUUACUCUACUGGUUUUAUGAAGGCGAUCAUGUGGAAAUCAGUCAAGCUUCAUCGGCCACGACAGCUGCUGCCAAAAAAGUUCCAGCUGUAAUUUUUUGUUUUUAUAGUCCGCACCACUUAGUCUGUUUACACAGUGCCACUGCCUCACUACAACAUCUCUACUGUCAGGUACAAAUCUUGCAAUUUCAAUGUUGUCCUCUUUCAUGUAUGGCGAGGUUAAGCUCAUCGGAAAGUAUAAAAAACAAAACAAAUACAGGGAGCUCAAUAAAGAAGUAAGAUGUUCUUCUUA